UCUCGGCGCGAGUUAUCUGGCUACGACGGAUCGAGGCCAUCGGAACUGCCCUGAAAGCCUCCGAUUGGGAGGCAUUUCUUAUAUUUAUCAAGGUGCGGUGCGCGGCGCAGGAUGUGCGCUCGCUCGUGGCGGCUGCACGCCUUCACCGCCGCCCUAGUCCUCGCCGCACACCUCAUCAAAGUGUUGUCGUGUGGCGAGGCCGGCGGCGGCGGGCGGCUCGUGAAGCGCUACGUGGGGCUCUACACGGGACCCUACUUCGACCCCUCGGCGCCCAACAACAUAACCACGCAGCUCGGCACGCACGCCUAUCUGCCCUGCAAGGUCCGUCAGCUGAGCAACAAGUCGGUGUCGUGGAUCCGGCGCCGGGACGCACACAUCCUCACCGUGGACCGGUUCACGUUCAUCGCCGACGAGCGCUUCCAAGCCUUCCUGGUCGAGGCGACCGACACCUGGACCUUGCAGGUGAAGUACGUGCAGGCGCGCGACGCCGGGCUCUACGAGUGCCAGGUCGGCACCGAGCCCAAGAUGAGCCACUUCGUGCAGCUCAACGUUGUAGUGCCAAAGAUAGAGAUAGUGGGAGAGUCAGACCUGUACGUGAAAGCGGGCAGCACGGUGAGCCUGAAGUGUGUGAUCACGCAGGCGCUGGAGGAGCCCGCCUACAUCUUCUGGUACCACAACGACGAGCGGGUGCUCAACUACGACCGCUCGCUCGUCGAGAUCCGCAUGGACCGCGUCGCCCCCGACACCACGAUCGGGAACCUCAUCAUCUACAGCUCCCGGCGCGAGGACUCCGGUAACUACUCGUGCGCGCCCUCCAACCUCGACUCCGCGUCCGUCGUGCUGCACGUGCUCAGUGGAGAGCAGCCGGCCGCGAUGCAGCACGGGAACGGAGCCGCCCUGCCCCCCGCGCCGCGCCUCCUCACCCUCCUGCUGGCGCUCGCACUCGCGCUUCUGCUCACAUUAUUGUGCCACGACGAGGACGAAGGCAAAUAGCGGAGCGAGGUCGCGGCGGGGGGGUCGCGCGGGGGGACCGCGGGGGCGCCCCCCUCUGUGCUCGUGUUCAUACAAGACGCUGUUUGUAUCGGUUCUAAAGUUUAUAUUGCGGGAAACAAACCUGUGUAAAUAUUGCGGCGCCGCCGAACUUGUAAAGAUGUAAAUACUAAGCUAAUAUAGUUAUAAUUGAUUAAAAUAUUAUUAAAUUAAUUAAACUGUGAAUUAAUCUGCCGCGAGAGCGACGUGAGGCCCGUCGCGUCACGCACGCACACAGUCAUGUUGUGUGUACCGUUACGUUAGUGCCAGUACACACUCGCACGUGCGCUGCGUGACGCUGCGUGACGCUGCGACGCGACGGUGUGACGCUGCGUGCGUGACGACUCGGAGCGUCGCUCUGCUGCUAGUUCAACAGUACAAACCUAUUAACGAACUAAUGGAAUUGUGAACCGUCACUUGUAAAGAAUAUUAUUAAUGACAUUACGUGUGUUGUAUAUUUUUAUCGAAUUUUAAUUACCUACAUGUGUACGACGUGAGCCGCGACAGUUCGAUCCCUCGCGCUGACUUCUAGCUGCGGAGUAUUACUGAACCCCACCGAACCAUAGCCGAUCAUUCGUUGUGUGUAUUAGAAACCUGAGCGAUGUAUAAAGCUCCAAUCGCUCCCUAUUCAUUUUGAAACGUUCUGUGGACAAAUCUAUGAAACUGCCUAAUGGUUCAACCAUUACGUCUUUAUCAUUUCCUUAUUAAAUAAAUGUGGUGUUUCGAAACGAAAUAAAGGUAAUCAAAUAUUGUCCACAACAAGGUCCGCUGUACCCUAGCACUGCACACAACUGCAUUGUACUGAACGCGAGUAUUAUGUAACGCAGGCAUGUCUAAAGGCUUCGUCAGCGUUCUGAACUAUCAGCACGCGUCGUGUCUGAAGGCAAGUCUAUCUGGUGUCGAAUGUCGCGGCUGAUCUCAGACACGCGCUACACUCGUCUCCUAGAGGCGACUGGACCGCGUGGCGGGUUAUGUUCUGUUGACACUGUUACUGCCUCACUUGUACAUACAUUACUUUAAGGAUAAAAAUAAAGAUGAGAUCGUUGAAACAUU